AUGUCUGAUCUCAUAUGCAAUGUGAGUUAUCUUGAAAUUUUAGACAUGUCUCACAACCAUUUGAGUGGAAUUAUUCCGCAAUGCUUUGGAAAAUUAAGCAAAAGCCUUCGUAUGUUGAAUCUAGGGACAAACAAACUUCAUGGAACCAUUCCUUCAAAAUUUGCAAAGGGAUGUCAAUUGGGGAAUCUUAAUUUGAAUGCUAAUCAAUUGGAAGGGCCUUUGACACGAUCCAUCCUUAAUUGUAGAGGUCUACAAGUACUAGAUCUUGGCAACAAUAAGAUCAAUGCUACAUUCCCUCGUUGGCUAGGAACUCUCCAAGAGCUAAAAGUUCUUGUAAUGAAAUCAAAUCAAAUGCAUGGUUUCGUAAAUGGCAAAAGGCAUACGCAUUAUUUUCGUAAGCUCCAAAUUUUAGACCUCUCCAAUAACAGUUUUACUGGACAGUUGCCAACUAGGUAUAUAGAAAAUUUCAAUGCUAUGAUGAAUGUGGAAGAAAAUAGAGAUGUCAUGCCGUAUAUCGGGGGUUCUGAUGUUACAAUGGGUAACUUUUACAGUUAUUCUGUUCAUUUGAUCGAAAAAGGGCUAGAGGUUGAAUUAAUGAAAAUAUUUGCCACAUUAACAAUCAUUGAUCUAUCAAAUAACAAGUUUGAAGGAGAGAUUCCAAGAGCUAUUGGAAAGCUUAGUUCAAUCAUUGGGCUUAACCUUUCUCAUAAUCACCUUAUUGGUCAUAUUCCACCAUCAUUUGGAAAAUUGAUCAAUCUUGAAUGGUUAGAUCUAUCCUCAAACAAGCUGGAUGGAAAGAUUCCUGAGCAAUUGCUGAAUCUGACAAUGCUUUCUUCCCUAAACCUUUCCAAGAAUGAACUUAGAUUGCAGCAGUAA